ACAUGUGUCCGCCUCACUAGAAAAUCAUGGCACCCUCAGCCGGGUCACUUCCGUGCUGUGGGCCGACAAGCGGAAGUGACGUGCACCGCGCUCCACGUCUCACUUUCGCAAUCUUCCGACAGCCAGAGAGAAGCCGAAGUGGAAGAUGGCUGCGGUGGAGCGUCCCCCGGCGAAAGAGGGGGCUCGGAUAGUGUUCCUGUGCGUGUGCUGGUACACCGUGAGCUCGGGGGGCAACGUGGUGAACAAGAUCAUCCUCAAUGGCUUCCCUUAUCCCGUCACGGUGUCGCUCUUCCACAUCUUCUCCAUCGUCCUCUUCCUUCCACCGCUGUUGCGGGCAUGGGGAGUCCCGAAGAUCGAGCUGCCCAGCAGAUAUUUCCGCUGGUACAUCAUUCCCCUGGCUUUCGGGAAAUACUUUGCCUCUGUUUCGGCCCACUUCAGCAUAUGGAAAGUGCCAGUUUCCUACGCACACACCGUAAAAGCCACAAUGCCAAUUUGGGUCGUGCUGCUGUCAAGAAUUAUCAUGAAGGAGAAGCAAACGACGAAGGUGUACGUCUCCCUCAUCCCCAUCAUCGGAGGGGUGCUGCUGGCCACCGCCACGGAGAUGUCCUUCGACAGUCUGGGGCUUAUCAGCGCCCUGGCGGCCACGCUCUGCUUCUCCCUGCAGAACAUCUUCUCCAAAAAGGUGCUGCGGGACACGCGGAUCCACCACCUGCGGCUGCUCAACAUCCUGGGCUUCAACGCCGUGUUCUUCAUGGUGCCCACGUGGGUGCUGGUGGACCUCUCCUCCUUCCUGGUGGACCCCGAUCCGACGGACACAACGGGCUGGACCCGCACCUUCCUCCUGCUGCUGGUCAGCGGGUUCUGCAACUUUGCCCAGAACGUGAUCGCCUUCAGCGUGCUGAACCUGGUCAGCCCGCUGAGCUACGCCGUGGCCAACGCCACCAAGCGCAUCAUGGUCAUCAGCAUCUCGCUGUUCAUGCUGCGCAACCCCGUCAGCUCCACCAACAUCCUGGGCAUGAUGACGGCCAUCGUGGGCGUCUUCCUCUACAACAAGGUGAGCCUCCAGGCCACUGGGUGGCACUGCUGCGCACAGGCCAAGUACGACGCCAACCACGAGAAGAAGCUGCUGCCCAGCAGCAAGCAGGACCUGGUGACCUUUGACUCCCCGGCGCCGCUGGAGAGGUUACAGGCCAACGGGGUCUCCCUGCCCUUCACGCACGGGUCGGAGCCACAGCACAACCGCAACAACGUGCUGACGGACCACUUCCAGUACAGCCGGCAGGCCUACACAACGAACCACCAGUACGUGGUGUAGAACGCUGGGGCCUCUCCGUGGACUUGACUGUAUGUAGCUACCCCCCCCCCAUGCCCCCCCAUGCCCCCCCAGACACCCCCACACACCCCACCUUAGUGUAGCGACGGCCAGGCUUGGACAGCCCUCCCUGAGUGUGCGAAUUGAGCUAAGGGACGGUUCUUAUCACGCAGGGGCUGAUGGGAGAUGUAGUUGUAAGAUCAGAAAGGCCAGUAGCCUCAUCUGCCCAACAAGCCCACUUCCGCACGUCACUUUUCUUAGCGGUUCACCGGCAUAUCUUUUUUAUUUUUAUUUAUUGGUUUAGUUUUGGUACUCGGUGAUGUUAUGGUUUUUUAAUAGUAGACUUUUUUUUUUUGAGUCUACUAUUGCUGUGUGUGUGUGUGUGUGUGUGUGUGUAUGUGCAUGCACAUGUUGGGAGUGUACACGUUGCAUCUGAAUAAUUAUUUUCAUAUUCAAUCAAGCCACAGGUUGAGUUAAUUUGUGAACAUCUCUAGGGAAUCAUGCUCCAUGUGUUAUCUUUGUUCUAUAAAUGUCCCGUUCGCGGGAACCUUAGGAUAAUUCAAUUUUGGGGGUCAAAUGUAUCCUGCUCAUUAGAACCCAAAUUCAAUGAUAAUCUCGUCACAUGGAUUUGUUGUUUGUGCGAAAUACAAUAUUAGCAUGAUAAACCAAAUAUUUAAAUUCAGAAAUAAAUGGUUACGUCUUUUUAUAUAUAUUUUUUUAGUAACUGCUAACGCCAUUGAAAACACUUUCGUCUGAUUAAUAUUCUGGUUAAGAAUUCAAGGGGUUGCGCAAUGUGAGCUAUAUUGCAGGCCCCGCCCCUUUCCAAGCAAGCAGGCGACGCCCCUUUCCCAGCAAGCGUACAAAGCUGAACAGCUGACCAAUCCUCUGUUCUCUUUGGCCCUCACACUACUCCUCCAAAAGAGGCUGAUACUCUCAUUGGUUAAAAUCCUGCCCAUAUUGGGAACAAAAUCUAUUGUAACUGAACAGGCGUACGGGGUGUCGCAAAGAUACUUGUCUUCAGCUGCCAAAUAUCGAUUUGGAAAGAACAUUUCCAGAUGUUCACGUAGGAUCAUUGGUUUGGGGAAAUUGACCCCUGGUCUAAAAAUCAUUACGCACCUUUUCUGCAUAACUUGACACUGAGACUAUUUCUCAAGGCUAGAGUGGUCCAUGACCUGUCCUGUUAGGAUGACUUCGUCCUUCGUAGCCAUCGACCAGAGAAGAGUGGAUACCAAAAUGAAGCGAUUAAAAUGUCUCAAACCAUAUGUAAGAGGCCAGCUGUGGGCCUUCCAGAUAUAAUUUUUUUAUGUAUUGUUUCUUUCGGCAUAUUUUCUACCUGAUGUGAGCUGUAUUAGAUGGGCCAAUGUUAAACUCAACUUGUCAAACCAGUCGGCAUGUGUACCAUUAAGCACCUACAUGUUAGUAGGCUGGAAACUUUCAGAAUGUAAACGACUCUAGCAGUGUUAUGUCCCCUACAACCGACCAACCGUGUGACAUCAGCAAUGACUACGGAUUCCUCCAGGUAAACUAUGAGCUAGUUGAAAUGUUACACAUGGCGACUUUAAUUAGAAUUUAAUAAUUAUUGUUUUUUUCAAUGUUUUAAUUCUGGGGUUCAGAUUAUGGUUGAGUAAAUCAUCUGUACGUGCGUAACACAAAUUCUUUCAACCACCAGAUUUGCACUUUGUUAAUCAAAGCAAGAUGAGUUUAGCAAUCAACACUGUAUUUUUUGUUUAUUUUUUUUAAGGAAGUCAGGCUAGCUAGCUAUCCUCUGAACAAAACAUUUUAAUAACUUGAUGUCAAGGCACGGGAAAUGUAUUAUUACUUUUACAAAUAAGGAAAUGAAGGAUUCUAUAUUCCUGGUUGUUAUUAACAGAGCAAUGGUUAGGUGGUUUGUGAUGAUUAGCCUUCUUGGAGCCUAGCGAUCACUUAGCUUUGCUGAUGGGGUGUCUUAAUCUUUAUUUACUUGGAGGAUACUUAAUGAUAUACAUGGCACAACUCUUUUUUUUUUGCUUUUUUUUGCUGUUAUCAGUAGAGAGCUCACAAUAAUAAAAAAAAGAAUGGGAGAGAUGAAGAUUCAUUUGAAAUCUGUUGCAGAUUACUUUAGUUUCUUUUGUCUUUUGUUUCUUUAACAUGAAUGUCGCCCUGAAUCUCUGGUAUUGAAUUGUUCAAUAGGUCAUUUUUGUAUUUGUUGUCUAUCUCUUGAGGGUUCAAACCGAACACACUGCACCCCCCCUCCCCCCCUCCCCUCCCACCAUCGAUGAUAGCAAUAGUAUAACACUUUUAUUUUAACUAUUUUGUUAACACGUCUCGCCAGUCUGUUUUUCCUGGAGUGGAUUCGCUUGCCUUUUUUAACGUCUACAUAUCUUGAUGAACCAUGUGACCCCAGCAAGGAUAAAUGAGUUAAAAAAAAAUCGUUGAUAAGAAAUUGUCUUUGACAUGUACAUUUUAAAAAGGGUUGAUUUCAGACGAAUGUCAUUGAGGGAGGUGGUCCAGCCAUUGGACGGUUCCCUUGGAAACGGUUCCUGUUGUGACAUCCCGCCACAGCAAAAGAGGCUGACUCAUAACGAGAGGACAGAGGCCUUAUGGAUGUCAAUGGAAGAUGCGGGGGGGGGGGUCAUGCCUCACCCCUAUGUAUACAGGCAUGUAAAGGCCAAAAUGUCCCAGUCCUUUCGGGGGCGGAGGUUUGCUGUAAAUCUGUAAACUUGCAGUGUAAAUAUAUACUAGUAUGGUGAUGGGCUACUCUGUAAAAGUUGUACAAAAUUCUGUUAUUUUGUUUGAAAAGAUAGAAUUUUUACCGAAGCGAUGUUUAUAGAUUUUUAUUUAUGGUGUUGAGGUACAUGAUUAUUGUAAAGACGUGCCACAACUAGGGUCAGAAAUUAAUUUAUGAUCAAUGUAUAAAGAUUUCUCCCUUUUUCAUUUUUUUUCAAAAAGGCCCUGGACAAAUUGAAAUGCAGGGACUGGAAAUCGGCCCAGUGGAGGAAGCCAGUGUUGAUCGAUUUGUCAUGUUAACUAUCUUUUGUCCGUUGUACGAAUGGAAACUGGUGACACUGGAAAUUGCUACUGGGAAGAUGUUCGAACUUUUAAAUGUAUUCUAGCAGGCGUUUUAUGACGACAUUGUGUAUGCUGAUUUAAUUAAAUUAGCUCAGCUUAUGUACAGGUUUUUAUAAGGGGUUGGGGACAAAAGUUAAUUUCUGACCUUGGCCACAUAGCACCUUUAUUGUCACCUUAAGUUAAGUAAAAUGCUAUUUUUAAAUGUUAGAAAGGAAUAAAUGCAUUGUGGAAUAA